AUGCUUUCGACUAUUUUCUUGAUUCUAACUAUUAUUUUGAGUUCCAGUAUUGCAGGAGCCACAUCUCGUGGGGGUCUCUUUGAUGCUUCGGCCACGGAGAAACAUGAGCAAUGGAUGGCACGAUUCAAUCGUGUUUACUCCAGCGAAUCUGAAAAGAAGAGUAGGUUCGAGAUCUUUAAGAAGAACUUGGAGUUUGUCCGGAGCUUCAACAUGAACAAGAACAUAACAUACCAGAUGGCCGUCAAUGAGUUCGCUGAUCUCACCGAUGAGGAAUUCCGGGCAACCUACACUGGACUACUUAUUCCCAAGAGUAUGCCUGGAAACUUAACAUCGGAGUCAAGCAAAGCGGUGCCGUUUAGAUAUGGCGAUAGUGAUGCCGCCGAGAGCAUGGAUUGGAGAAACGAGGGGGCCGUUACACCCGUUAAAAAUCAAGGCUAUUGCGGAGCUUGUUGGGCGUUUGCGGCCGUAGCGGCCAUUGAGGGAUUAACAAAGAUUGAGACAGGAGAGAUUGUAUCGCUGUCGGAACAACAACUACUAGAUUGCAACACAGAAAACAAUGGAUGUCACGGAGGGUACAUCACAAACGCUUUCGAUUACAUAACCCAAAACCAAGGCAUUACCACAGAGCAAAACUAUCCAUACCAAGCAUCAGAAAUGACCUGUCUCGAAUCUACCCAAUCAGGUUAUUUCGCAGCUGCUACGAUCAGUGGAUAUGAGACUGUUCCGAUGAAUAACGAAGAAGCUUUGCUAAAGGCGGUGUCUCAACAGCCUGUUUCCGUGGGGAUAGAAGCGGCUGGUGCUGCAUUUAAGUACUAUUCGGGAGGGAUAUUCGAUGGAGAAUGUGGAACGUAUUUGAAUCAUGCGGUCACGAUUGUUGGUUAUGGAAUGAGUGAAGAAGGGACUAAGUAUUGGGUGGUGAAGAAUUCAUGGGGGGAAACAUGGGGAGAAGGUGGUUAUAUGAGGAUCAAGAGAGACGUUGAUGCACCCCAAGGAAUGUGUGGUUUGGCCAUGCAUGCUACCUAUCCACUCGCUUAA